UGUCCUCGAUGGUUUGACACCUCUAGCUUGUAACUUUUGUUUUUUUUUUAAUUCGGUGAAAAUAGCGUUUAAAAAUGAACCGAACGCCUUUGGAUACGUGGACCAAGCGGGAGCAUCUGUGCCUGGCGUCGUCGGUUUCCUGCAGCGGCGAUCAGAACUGGAUUACAGUCAGUCGCACGUUGAAAACUGUCUGUGGCAAUGGCAACAACAACAACAGACCGGCGGAUUGGUACUCGCAGAAGAAUUGCGCCGUGCAGUACGGAAACUUACUGGAGAGCGUGGAGGCCACCAAGCGGAAGAAACGCAGCAGCGAGAGCAGUGCCGGCGUCUCCUCCCCGGCCUCGGUGGAGACGCCAACAGAGCUGCUGCUGCGCCGGCUGACGGACGAGCGGAUGGUCGAGAUAAAGGCGCAGAUGCGCUCCGAUCAGGAAAUUUACCUGAAGAUACAGCGCGAGAUCGAUUCGUUGCAGUCGGACGAGGUGAACGAGCAGGAUAUGCAGGAAAUGUGGCUGGAGAUCGAGAAAGAGCAGGAGACGAAGCGCAUUGAGGAAAUGAAACUGGAGAACCAAAUGCGCGAGCGGGAGCAGCGCAAAAAGGAGAUGACGGCUAGCUGGCGUAACAACAGUCCUGCCGCCCGGCGAUCCAUUCAGACAACAGACACAACCGCCGUCGACAUGGAUGUGGAGGAUAUCAACAGCAGUGGCAACAAACAGCAGCAGUCCGGGCCGUCUCCCCUGCUCACGUCCCUGCUGAAGUCGCCCACAAGCAGCAGUCCAGCUGCUCCUCCUUCGACCACCCCCGGCACAGCCACUAGUGUGGCAAGAGCUACGGCUCCCACCAUAACCUCGCUGCUGACCAGCGGGGCCAGCACCGUGUCCAGCCAGCCAGCCAUCACCAUGAAAAGUCCCACCGAUGCGGCAUUCAUGUCCCGCCCCAUAACCGGGCCACCAGCCACUGAAACCCUCACACCCAGCACUCCCACACUGGAGCGCAGUCCGUCGCAGUCUGCUCCCACGCUCUCAAUGCUGCUGGAGAAGAACAAGGCGGGAGUAAAGGCUGACGAGGCUGGCGGCAGCUCGGAGAAAUCUGAGAGCACAGCGAGCCAGGAACAGCCGUUGCUGGAUGACGCAGGGUCCGCCCUGGUCGAUCCCGAUGAGGCCGAUCAGCUGCUGGAGGGUCUAUCUAACAUCGACGAAAUAAUCGACGACAUUGACAUUGACAUGGCCAGCGUCAUCGAUGAUGAGAUCUUAAAGGAAGUAGAUGAGACGAUUGCCUCCCCCGUUGCCGCUAAAUCCGAGGUCAUUGACUUCGAGGACAAGCUGGACGCACUAAAGCGGGAACAGUCCAGGUCCACGCCCACCGGCGAAGAGCCCAAGCCAGUUGAGGUGGUAAUUGGCUCCAGUGAUGACUCCAACGAUAAUAUACCACUGGCGGCAGUUGCCUCGCAGGACAACAGCAAGGACCGCACUGUGACUGCCUCCGAAGGAAAUGCAACGCCGGAGGAUACAGACCGUUUGGCCAGCGAGGUGGCUGUAGAGGAGAUUGGUGAGACGAUAACACUCAUCAGCACCUCCAGUGAGGAUACGGCAGGCUCUCCGCCAACUGUGGCCAAGGCUGAGGAGGAGUUGGUCGCCGAAGCGGGCCCAAAGAACGAGGAAGAGAAAUCCACAGAUGCAGAUCCGGCCCCUGAAGCUGAAAGCGAAGCCGUGGACGUAGUAGUAGAAGCAACAGAGGAGUCGGAAGUUAGCUCUGAACCAACAUCGGCAGCAGGUGAAGCAAAAGCAAACCAAGAGGAAGCAGACAAGCAGCAGACUCUGGAGGAAAAGACUGCCACUCUCUCGGCACCCGUGGCUGUGUCCCUGCACGACACGGACGAGGAGAGCUCUUCGUUGACGGACAGCAGCAAGCAGGAUGAUCCGCCACGCAGUGUCAGAUCGAAGCAGCAGCAAUCCGCCAAGCAUUCGACCACGGAAGAGUCCAAAGCUGACCAGGAACAGCCGGGAACUCCUCAGCCCCCGUCGGCGCCGGCUCGAGCACCGCUUCUGCGCAAGCUGCCCCAUCGAGAUCGGUCCGAGAGUCCCAUGGUUGACGACGAUACAACGACAGCCAGCGACCAUUCGACGGCCAGGUCGAGCACGCGGCGCCGAUGUUCAUCGACGCCAGUGAUCGACAGUAUCCCCAAUUCGCCGGCCUCCAGCGAGCACACCGACGAGAAGCGCGAGACCCGAGCCGCCGCCAAGAAGCUCUUCCUCUCCAUCUAUGCGACGCUGCAGGAAAGCAAGCACGCAGCUCCGUUCCGUCGACCCUUUCACGACGAGCACGCCCAGCGACAUGCGGAGAUCUGUCUUCGCCACAUGGACUUCCCCACCAUCAAGCGGAACAUCGACUCCGGCCUGAUACGCAGCCUAAACGAGCUGCACCGCGAUGUGCUUCUCAUGGCCCACAACGUGCUGCUGGCCUACAAGCCCCACACAACGCAGUACAAGACGGCGCGUCUGUUUUUGGAGGAUGUCCAGGCGCUGAAGGAGUUUUCGGUGGUGCAGGACACGUCGGCCAGCAGCAGCGCCAGCACCUCCACUCCGGCUGCCAACAGCAGCGCCGGCAGCAGCAGCAGAGCCGAGAGGUCCCACGGCGGCAAGGCACGGAGCGGCUUUAGGAAGAGCCAAAGGCAUCAUUAGAUGAUGCUCCUGGGAUGAUGAAUGCUAGUAUAGUUCGCACACGAUUGAUUCCUCAUCAGAUAAGUAUUCCAUAUCGAGCGCACAACUACCGAUUUUACGUAAAUUUCUACAUGGUUUGUUGUGCCUAGUUUUUAACUAUCAGCCACGCAGUUCCAUCAACAACAUAAAUACAUAAAUAAGUCAUAACAUUUGAUUAAUCGAA